AGAGCUUGGUGUCAGGUUGCCCAGAAGUUCACGGGAGGGAUCGGAAACAAACUCUGCGCUCUGCUCUACGGAGAUGCCGAGAAGCCCGUGGAAACCGGCGCCAGGGCAGCAGCCCCGGGGGUAGCGGAGCAGAGGCCGACCUGCACCUGCGACAAAAAACCCUGCGGUUGCCAAAAAGCGGACGUGAAUUACGCCUUUCUGCACUCAACAGAUCUUCUGCCAACAUGCAAUGGAGAAAUAACUACUAUGUCUUUCCUACAAGACGUUGUGGACAUUUUACUUCAGUAUGUGGUGAAAAGUUUUGAUAGAUCAACAAAAGUUAUUGAUUUCCAUUACCCAAAUGAGCUGCUCCAGGAAUAUAACUGGGAACUGGCAGACCAGCCACAGACUUUGGAAGAAAUCCUAUUGAACUGCAGAACAACUCUGAAGUAUGCAAUUAAAACAGGGCACCCUAGAUAUUUUAAUCAACUUUCAACUGGAUUGGACAUGGUUGGAUUGGCGGCAGACUGGCUGACAUCAGCAGCAAAUACUAAUAUGUUCACCUAUGAAAUUGCUCCAGUGUUUGUACUUUUGGAAUAUGUCACACUAAGGAAAAUGAGAGAGAUGGUUGGCUGGCCAGGGGGCUGUGGCGAUGGGAUAUUUUCACCUGGUGGUGCCAUAUCUAACAUGUAUGCUAUGUUGAUUGCACGUUUCAAGAUGUUCCCAGAAGUUAAAGAAAAAGGAAUGGCAGCUAUUCCCAGACUGGUUGCCUUCACAUCAGAACAUAGUCACUUUUCUGUGAAGAAGGGAGCUGCAGCCUUGGGUAUUGGUACAGAUAGUGUGAUUUUGAUUAGAUGUGAUGAAAGAGGGAAAAUGAUCCCAUCAGACCUUGAAAGAAGAAUUGUUGAAGCCAAACAAAAAGGAUUUGUUCCUUUUCUGGUGAGUGCCACAGCUGGGACAACAGUGUACGGGGCAUUUGAUCCUCUCAUAGCUAUUGCAGACAUCUGCAAGAAAUACAAAAUCUGGAUGCACGUGGAUGGAGCGUGGGGUGGCGGGCUCCUGAUGUCGAGGAAACACAAAUGGAAGUUAAAUGGCGUCGAAAGGGCUAACUCAGUAACCUGGAACCCUCACAAGAUGAUGGGCGUCCCGCUGCAGUGUUCAGCCCUGCUAGUAAGAGAAGAGGGAUUGAUGCAGAGCUGCAAUCAGAUGCAUGCUUCCUACCUCUUUCAACAAGACAAGCACUACGACCUGUCCUACGACACGGGAGACAAGGCUCUGCAGUGUGGGCGGCACGUGGAUGUCUUCAAGCUGUGGCUGAUGUGGAGGGCAAAGGGAACCACAGGAUUUGAAGCACAAAUUGAUAAGUGCUUGGAACUUGCUGAAUACCUAUACAAUAAAAUAAAGAACAGAGAAGGGUAUGAAAUGGUGUUUGAUGGAAAGCCUCAGCACACGAAUGUCUGCUUCUGGUACAUCCCUCCCAGCUUGCGUGGAAUGGAGGACAGCGAAGAGAGAACGAGCCGCCUGAUGAAGGUGGCCCCAGUGAUAAAAGCCAGGAUGAUGGAGUAUGGCACAACCAUGGUGAGCUAUCAGCCCCUGGGAGACAAAGUGAACUUCUUCCGGAUGGUCAUCUCCAACCCUGCGGCCACCCACCAGGACAUUGAUUUCCUGAUUGAUGAAAUAGAACGCCUGGGACAAGAUUUAUAAUAACUGGGUGUGACAGUCUGUUCCUGGACCUCUAAGUAGACAAUUAAGUUGUCACAAACUGUGCGAAUGUAUUUGUAGUUUGUUCCAAAGUAAAUCUAUUUCUAUAUUGUGGCGUUGGAGUAGAGUACAGUUUAAAAUCAAGAAACAUGGCUCCUUUAAAGUCCUUUCCUGAGUUUUAGAAUGCCUCCUUAAUAAUUAGCUGCACAAAAAAGCUUCAUUGAAACAAAUAAGGAAGACCAGAAGAAACUUAAAAUUUUACCCCAAAUUUUAACACAGUAAUUAAUUUAAAUUAACAGCAAUCAGACUGAAUGAUGCCAAAGUUGCCCAAAAUUAUGACAAAAUCAGAUUGGGGGGAAGUGGGAGGGGGUGGUGAGAUGCAGAAUAUAUAUGCUGUAUGUUUAAAAAUGAAAGGAUUUUGCCUUUUUCGUAGUGUUAGAACAGAAUUUCUAAUUUACCUAUAGCAACAUUUCAAAUGUAUUUAAAUAAGUAUAGUUUU